UCUCGAGCUGUCUGUUGAGUGGAGAGGACGUGAGCUAUUCGUCAGUGCUGGCCUAAUUUUUUUGAUUUGCAAUCUGACUACAGACAUGGAUCUUUUCUCUUCCUUGCUAAGUAUUUUUGUUUUUACAGCGGUACUUAAGGAACCUACCACAAAUUCUGAGAAUUUCACACCUGUCGUUCCUGGAUAUGAGCUGCCUGAUCGUAAAUUUGAGAAUGCUGCCAGCUUCAGCCAAGAAUCGAAAACAUCACUAACAGUAGAUAAUUCCGUAGUAUCUGCUGACAUGGGCCAGUUCACUGAACAGUAUGCUGAACUUGAUAUGUCCAAGGAGACUACUGUUAUUCAGACCACAAACACACAGAAAACUGAAGAGGAAACUGUGGAGCAUAUCCAACUUUAUACCACAGACACAUUUGUUGCUGGAAUGGGACAUUCCAAACAAGGUUCCGAUGGGUACAAUGUGACAACAGAACAAGCUGCACUGGGCACACUUACCCCUCAAUCUGAGCGCAAUACAACAGUAGGGAAUGACACAUCAGUACUACAGAAAGAAAACAUGCCCUUGUAUGCAACUACCACACAUAUCGAAUUCACCACAAUGAUGGUAAUAUUACUUGGUGUUGCUCUAAUCACAGCAUCCAUCUGGAGAAUGUGCAGCAACUAUUUUAGAGUCCUCUCUGUUGAGUAUAGUAUCAAAUACGAAGUGCAGUACAGUAAUGGAGAAUUCCUUACUGUCGAAUAUCAUGAUACAGUUACCGUUUAGAAUGCUUAAAAUUCUCCCUCCAUACACUUAUACAUCAUACAUCCUGAAACAAACAUCUCCUCUCCUCUGGUAAACCACACUUAGUUUUUUAUCCCUUCUUCCCUUUUACCCUU